CAUCCCGUCUUUUCGGUGGCCAACUUUGAAUUCCCUAGUGGACCCUUUGGGGCAGUUAGUUGCGGACGUCCAUUUACUAGCUCAACCGGCAGCAUUUGCUAUUUCCACAGCCACCGUGGUGACCUCGCUUGGGAAGGACAUCCUUUUCCUCUGCUUUGGCCUCGUCAUGACUUGGCCUUGUUUGGUCUUGUCUAGUCUCAUCCGAUCUCCCAUUUACUUUCAUCGUACCCCUCCCAGUGGUCGGUCCAUCCCUACCCAAACGUUCUAGUAUCUGUCCCAAGAGAUCUCCGGCCGAUCCAGGUGACCCGACCCAGUUACCGACUGUUGUCCCAGGUACAUACUACUGGGCUGUCUCCAUAAUUGUGGGUGGAUGCCCUCGUGUCUGGCUGUUACCGAGCUGCGUAACGAUCAGCAUCAGCAAUAAGGUGUAGAAGGUGGUGAGAACGAUCUAAGAUCCAAGCCCACAAAGUCAACCUAGAGGGCCUUAAAGGGAUUAAAGAGCUUGUGUGGCGGUUGUACUCCUCUUCCACUUGGGCCUCGACUGUUACUACUCGAGACGGAGAGUUUGAGUGCUGGCUAGUUGACUACGCUUCGACUUUCGACUUGUUAGCCUGGCACACUUGACUACUGCAACUACUCCAACUGCAAGUUCGUCACCACGUUCAAGUCAUCAGUGAUCUGGCGCCUACUGCAACAUCUAGUUCUCUUUCUAGCUUGGUUUCUCCUAUCGUGGAUCUCCGAGGUCCCUCCUGGACUAAAUACCCCCCUUCAAAGAGCGGCUUUACGUUUGAUUUGACUUCACCCUUUAUUCCGUUUAAUUCCUUUUAUUGCACCAGGAACCCUGAGCCUGUUGCACAAGCGCCCCCGGCACUUUGAUCAGACCCACCGUCGUCUCAUCUCGGGGAAAAGAACGCUUUAGUAUUGUUGUCCCUUUAUUUUUUUUCCUUUCUGUUCUUCUCUUGUUUGUUUCGCGUCGUGGUGGUUUAGGCGUGUCUGGGUUCUCUUCAUCUGGCCAUAUCAUCGAGAACUGUGGGCUUGGAUCCUAUCUUGUCUUGAGUUGUCUUGCUGUGAGACUCCAGAACCAGAUUCCAUCCAGCCGAAGAGGACCUGUUGAACUACCUUACCAUGUCCAUCGGUGGCCCUUGUCUCUGGGUGCCUUCUUUGUCCUCGCCAGUCGCCUCGCCACUGUCUGCUGUCACUUCGCACCUAUCCGCAGUAGCUCGUCACGGAGAGUGGGUUUCUUCGGCACCACGGAUAACCUCCCCGCUGUUGAUUCUGCCUAGAGAUCGAGAGGCUACUUCUCAGAGUACGUCGUCGUCGGCUGAGAUGCAACGGACUGGUGCUACGGCUGAAAAUGCCUUGCCCACUCCGGUGCCAAUCCCGGGGAUCACGGCGGGGUCCGGAUCGUAUCGUGAGGGAGAAAUCCCAUCGCGAGAGGCGGUCAACCAAAGAUCGGGAGGGGGAAGAGAAGACUUGUUGCCUCGAAUGAAGCUGGAAAUUCCUGGGGGAGGUAAUACGAAUCAUGCGAUGUCGCAGCCGCAGGUUGGGUUCGGUCGCUCUGGCGAGCCCAUGGGCACCUCCCAGUCGGUUCUUGAAGCAAACGACGAUCACGACAAGGAGUCGACGAUUAGCCCUUCUGACGAGAAGGGAGAGAUGAUUGGUGAUGAUGAAAGCAAUCGAUCGCCCUCGUUGGAGAAGAAAAAGAUGAAGAGGUUCAGGCUUACGCAUAAUCAAACUCGCUUCUUGAUGAGUGAGUUCACCCGUCAAGCGCACCCAGAUGCUGCUCAUCGAGAGCGUUUGUCGAGGGAAAUUCCCGGCUUGACGCCACGUCAGGUCCAGGUGUGGUUCCAGAACAGGAGAGCUAAGCUCAAGCGUUUGACUACAAAUGAUCGCGAAAGGAUGCUAAAGUCGCGAGCACUGCCGGACGACUUCGAUACGACGAAAGUCUUGCGUACGCCAUUUGAAAGCAAAUCCACAGGUCCGACGCCAGUGGCAUCGCCCCAUGCUUAUGGAGCCCCAAAUCCAGAUUUUGCGUCUCUCAGGGCACUUCGCACGGAUUGUUUCCAGCGACAAAAUGAAGACGACUACCUCGUCUCACCCCUUAGUUCUGCGUCGACCGCAGGAACGUACCUGUCUUCUGCUGGGCGGAGUGACGGACUACCCAGCUCUGGCAUGAUGUAUGGCCGACCAGCAGCGUCUGCUUCCAUGUCUGAUCUGCAUAGAACGAUUCGGAACGACUACUCGAUUACCAGGUCUAGCAGCUUGUCAGACGCGUCGUCUCAUCCUCAUUCCUUCCAUCAUAGCAUGCAAAUGCAUAACCGCUUUGCCCCAUCCUCAAAUCCUUCUGGUCUGCCUUAUAUGCGGCAACAACACAUGGAAUACGGGGUUCCUCGUCACCCAGGUGCAAUGGUAGCACCUUAUGAUCAACACCAGCCAUUUGAGGGCUCUGUGUCCCCAACGGAAUCUCAGGGCACACCUAUGGGAUAUGAAAUAAGCAAUAUCAGCUCGCAAUCUCAAGGUUAUCAGUCGCAGCUCGCGAUGUCCACUCCAAAAGACUAUAGUGCGCUGGGCAUGGGCGCCCAGCUCUCAUCGCACGCAAGGCCCCUAUCGACUCUGCAGUCUGUGCCUGUCUCCGCUCCGCAAGACUAUAGACACUACUCGUACGGCAACCCCUUAGCACCUAUGGGUACCAUGCCCUACGCUCAAUCAAACGCCUCCGCCAUAAGCCUCCCUCCCUCCUUUGCCCCGACCGAGUCCACUUCCGCCUCACAGGACCAGGUGCCGCAGAAUCAGCAAGGCCUCCAGUCUCUCCGAACCAAGUUCGGCAAUCACCCCUUCAACUACACGAGCUAUAUCCAACAAUAAAUGCAUCAUAAGGCAGGACCACAUAAAAGCAAUAUACUCUGGAAGUUUUCUCUUCAGGCUGAUCUGGGUAUCCCAACUCUUCUUUCCUUUUCCCUCUUCUGUCUCUUUUGAAUUUUGUCUCUUGUUCACUGGGUCUCUUUUUUUGAGCCGUUUGGUACGGCAUACAAGUAUAACAGCGUGUUUUAAUCCUAAUGCUUCUACAGCCAAUUUUCUAUUUUGCUAUCUUCUCAUCUCUCAUCCUUGUUGUUUACCUAUCAUUUCUUUUCUCUCUUCCGCCUUUUUGUCUGACUUUUCAUCUACCAUUGCGUUGGGUUCUUAUUGCAUUUUCUCCUUCCUCGGGCCGGUCACCUCAGAUUGCAAGCAAGUCUGUUUUUAGCUUCUGUUCUGCUUCUUCUGUGGUUUAUAUACGGGUUGGUUUUGGAGGCUUAGGAUCUCCAAUUUACCCUUUUGAACUUUAGCGUUGAUUCACUUCUCGCAUUAGCGAAAGCUGGUCUAAUGUUAAUCGUUGUCGUC